AUGAGUAAAAUCAAAUCUCAAAACAUGCAGAAUAUUGAUUCUACUCGCCAGAGAGAAUUUUUGAGAACGUUAGAGAACAAGAUUGAAGCAACUUUAACUUGUGCCAAACUGAAGCUUUUCAAAGAUGUUUAUUACAAAUGUCGCCUCGAACUGGAAGAUCUUCUGCCAAAUGAAGAUGAAUCUCUGUAUUUGAUUUGGGCCAGUAAAACUGAUGAAAUAACGAAAAGUAAGAAAUGCAUAUUAAAAGAGGAAAUUCCAUUCCAAGCCAUGCAUGGGAAAGCAUACAAUACCAAGAAGGAAGAAGAAAAAAGUAAACAAAUAGAAGAGAAGGAAUUCAGAGUCAAACAAUGA